AGUCAUCCCGCAAGUGGCCCAGGGGCACGAAAGGCUCCCAUCAAGCUUCACUCAUCCUUUUUCUUCCAGACAUCUAAACCCAUCCAUCCGACCCGUCCGGGGCCCGGGACUCUGUGCACCAUGGCUGCUCUCUCAGCCUGGUUCUGGAACGAGAGGUUUUGGCUGCCGCACAACGUCACCUGGGCGGAUCUUGCAGACCCAGCUCCCGGGGUGGAGUACCCCAAAGCUGGACACUUGUUUUCCGCCUUCCCGCUGGCUUUGGGGAUUUUCGCCUUCCGGAUACUUUUCGAAAGGUUCAUUGCCAGUCCCUGUGCCCGGAGUCUCCACAUCCAGCCAGGUAUUGGACGGAGAGCUCAGCCCAAUGCUGUGCUGGAGAAAGUGUUUACAUCCAUCACCAAGAAUCCAGACUCUCGCCAUCUGGAUGGCCUGUCCAAGCAGCUGGACUGGGAGGUGCGAAAGGUCCAGCGUUGGUUCAGACACCGCAGGAACCAGGAUAAACCCAGCAUGCACACUAAGUUCUGCGAGAGCAUGUGGAGGUUUACAUUUUAUUUGUGCAUAUUUACCUAUGGGUUCCGGUUUCUGUGGCAGUGUCCUUGGAUGUGGGAUACAAAACACUGCUGGUAUGGUUAUCCUUAUCAGGUCUUGACUCCGGGUCUUUACCACUACUAUGUGACAGAACUGGCCUUCUACUGGUCACUCAUGUUCUCCCAAUUCACCGACAUAAAGAGGAAGGACUUCCUGAUAAUGUUCAUCCAUCACCUGGCGACCGUUAGCCUGAUCAGCUUUUCUUACGUCAACAACAUGACGCGAGUAGGGAGCCUCGUGAUGUGCGUACACGAUGCCUCGGACUUCCUGCUAGAGGCAGGUAAGCUGGCCAACUAUGCCAAGUACCAGCGUUUGUGUGACUUCCUCUUCAUUGUGUUUAGUGUGGCAUUCUUCAUCACACGACUAGUUAUAUAUCCCGUAUGGGUCCUGAACUCCACUAUGUUUGAGAGCUGGGCCAUAGUGGGGCCGUACCCGUCCUGGUGGCUCUUCAACUCCUUGCUGCUGGUCCUGCAAGUGCUGCAUAUCAUCUGGUUCUACCUCAUAGCCCGUAUAGCUGUCAAAGCUAUGCUGCGGGGCAGGGUGUCUAAAGAUGUCCGCAGUGACAUCGAGAGCAGCUCAGAGGAGGAGCGAGACACGCCCACGAACGGCCCCAGGGCGAGUUCUCAUCCCCCCAAGGGAGAGAACGGCACCAGGAACCACUGUGUUUCUGCCAAGGACGGAGUGCAGAACCACAACAGCUGGUGACAGGAAGCUGGGAGCCCCCUGCAGUUCGUCCCUCACAACAGCUUUGUUUAUCAUGACAUUCCCUUGACGUCCAAGACACACACACACACGGACACACACACACACGGCGAGUGGACACAGACUCCUGAACUGACGAUGGAUAUUUAGACACUGACUGCUGCUUUGAAGAGCCCUGUACGGACGGACAUGUACGACACAACUCAAAGAGGUGACAUGUGAAAGCUGAAAUGAUAUCAGUUGAAUCGUAGUCUUAAUUCUUAAAUGAUGGGAUUUAUUUUGUGCCGAGUUUGGCUGCAGAUGUUGAUUGGUUUCAAUGUUCUCUCCCAGUUUUAUUGGUCGGAUGAACUUGGAUUAUUUUUGUGUUAUUGGUUACUUCACACUGGAUCACAAAGGGCAGAAAACACUCUCUGGAAGUUUGUUGCAUUUCCAAUCUGUGAUGUUACAGCAGGUAUUAUACGUAUAAAUAACAGUUAUAGCUGUGGUUUUAUCAGCUCUUAAAGAAGGGCACCUGCUGUAUGUGACCACUUAACAACAGCAGUUUCUGCCAUCUGCGAUUCAUUGUGGAUUUUUUCCUUCUUAAUGAUGUUGUUUGGCAUCUUUGACUUAACGUUUAUUUCUAUUUUACAGUUUUUUUACUACUUUCUUCCGAGAGACCAAAUGUUUAUGAAAUUGCUUGUCACUGCCUACAGAGGAAUCCAGGUAUGGGGACUUAUACUAAAUGUCUGGUAUCACGUUCUCACUUGAGUGCCUUGUAAAAAUAUAUUUCCAAAUAUAUUCUCUUGUUGCAGUCCUUUUUCUAUAAACGAUACAUUGCUUUGUUUGGUUAAAGGCAUUUAAUAUAGUACAAACAAUUACAGCCAUCUUCACUCCUGAGACUCUCACAACAGGACAUUGACACAAAUAAUAUGUUAUUUGUUAAUAUGCUGGGUG